GCUAGGCCUACCUCCAAGAAUUUGAAUUUAAACGCUGAUCUAAGCAAAAUAUUAUAUUUCUAUAAGGUAAACAAUGACUCACAAGCUAAAGGAGUAGUCUUAAGAAGUGCCUAUGACGCUUACAAGACAUGCUUUACAAAGGAGAUUAUAUAGUACUGUGAACACUAAUUGUUUGUGAAAGAAAGUGAAAGUAGAAAGUUUGCCAAAACAAACAUUUUGUACACUGAUCCAUUGACCUCCAUGUAUUAGGACGUCUAUACGUUGAACAGGUGUGUGAGUUUUUCGGCUUUUAAACUGGACCGCAGAUGCACACAUCUUCAAUGUUUGUAGAACAUCAUGCAGUCGCUGGACAUUCUACCAUAGGGCCUUUAUAAUGUGUCCAGUUGCUGAUGUUCCAUAAAAAAUGCUUGCCUGUGACAAGAGACAAUAUUCUGUGUAUUCCAAAAACUAGACGGACAGUCUAACUAAUAGAGCUACUUGGUCCCAGUUGCUCAAGACAAUUCCAAACGACGCAAUAGGCAGACUAGGGCCUUAUUGGCUCCACAUUACUGAUCUUCGAUCCGGACGCUGCAUGUCACCAGCGCUCCAGCACCAUGUCUGCAGACCUUGUGAUGAAAAUAUAUAGCGAUCAGUAGACAGGAUGGCCAUGAUGGAAGGUGGUGGUGCCAUCGGGCGGACAACUGAUGUUCAAAGCUGGGACGUUAUAAGACAUGCUCUUAUUGGAGAGUUUGACUCCAGCCCAGAUGUCUUCAAUAGCACACUUCAAUAUUCCCAGAACUACAUCCUUGGAGGAAACCAACCCCAAAAUGGGAAUGAAUACUUUGAAAUGCUGGAGAACAACAUGAUACCAGAGGACAUGUUAGAUUUCUUGAUCGCAUUGAUGGACCAGCUGGGUAUGCACACAGACUUCGGGACAUUGUCAGUGGCUGGGGUUCUCAGGCGGUUCAAGGAAAAACUGGAGGCAUAUAGAAGGGCUGAGAUAGAGGAUGAAGAGGGUAACAGAAAUUUUGUUGGAAGAGAGAAAUACAUUAACGACAUCAAGAAGAUUUUUGAGGAUGAUAGAACUUACAAAGGUGUUUGCAUCUGUGGUAUGGGUGGAUUAGGAAAGACAACUUUGGCAAACCAAAUUUGCAGAAUCAUGAAACGUCGGUGGGAAAUCAUCAUUGUUGACCUGAGGGAAGUAUUUUACUUGAGAGAUUUACUGAGGGCAGUUUUUGUGAAACUGGGCUGUUCAGGAUGGAUUGCAGAAUCUGAAGAUGAAAUUCUAGAACAGAUAAAACAAUUUCUGCUAGAGGACAACAGGAUAAAACGAAGAAGCAUUGUAAUGUUGGACAAUGUUGAUGACAUCAUCAACAAGGAAGGAAUAGACAAGUUCAGACACGGAUUUCUAGGAAAGUUUGGUGCAUUUCUACAGGAACUGGGUGACGAUUGCAAAAUGCGUAUGCUGUUAACAUCCCGGGAGAAGCUGUCUAAGCCAGCUAAGGGAUUCAGGUCUGGAAUGCCAACACCAUCUCGACAGGACAGUGGUAUUGGUGUGGUACUGGAGAAGGAGUUGGGGCCCAUGGAACCCAGCGAGGCUGUGAAACUCUUCAGUAAAUCUAUUGGCAAGAAAGAAGUUGAAAGCUCCAAGAUUGAGAAGAUAGUGAAGCUAUGUGGGUAUAGCCCUUUGGCCAUUACGUCUUUGUGUAGCUCCAUACGCUACGGUCUCCUCAACCCGUACACAAUCAUUGAAAAUCUGAAAACCAAGUCACGAGUCGGAUCCAAAGCAGGGACUUCUGCUGUUACAGAAUGCCUAGAAAAGACUUUUGAAUUACUGGGGGAUAAAGCAAGGCGGUAUCUGGUACGACUGUCGGUGUUUCAUACUGCUCUCUUUGACCUUGAAGCAGCUGCAGCUGUCCUUGGUGAUGAGAUAAGUCAGGGUAGUAAUACAUUUCUGAAAUUAUUCAAUCUGAGGUCCCGUCACCUUCUGGAGGCAAUGGAGAUUUCUCAGUCAGAACAAGAAGGUGGGGUAAAAACCAGAUAUUCUCUUCAUCCGCUCGUCUUUCAUCUCUUAAACAGUAAAGGGCAGUCCCAACCUUUCCUGCGAGAUAUCAAGAUAGCAAAGGGUUAUUUUGUAAAGCACUUUCGUAAGGUCAUUUGCAAGAUUGCAGAGGAGAUGGAAAGAAACUGUUUAAAGGGACAAAGGAUUUUAGCAAUAGAUCGUGUCCACAUAUUUAAUUUCUAUGAAAUUUUGGCAGGACCAGACGCUGCUGAAACAACUGACAACCUAGAGACCAUAGUUGAGAGUAGAAGAAUUUCUGAAAUAGCAGACGAACUUCUGUAUGAUGACACCAGAUGGAGCCUUGUAAAGAACUUCAUUGCCAAGACAAAAGACAGGAAGGAAAGCCAGCUCGAAUACAUCUUCUGGCGAGUCUACCAGGCUACCAUGGUGAUGGACAUGGAUAGAAACCAUGAAGCCAAAACCAUACUAGAGGAUACUGAAAUCUUAUUACACCAAGUGAGAGGGCAAGAACUUCCAAUGGCUGCCGUGAUAGGCAGUUUCUUCUAUGCUAAAGGCAGGUUGUUUCUUAGAGAAUAUCAGUGUGAAGAAUCAAUAGAAUGCCUCAAACUGGCUGCGAAUAUGAUCAAAAUCAAAGAGGUGAAGAAAAACCAUCAAGUAUUUCUGGCUAAGAUUUUCAAUACCAUGGGUGGGGCAUACUUUCGACUAAGUGAUACAAAUUUGGAGAAGGCUCGGGAAUACCAUAAGACUGCACUGAGGAUAAUCACUAAAUGUUCCCAAAAGUGGUUCAGUGUUGAGGUACCGGUGUACAUACAAAACUUGGCAACAUGUCUGUUCAAGGAGGGAGAAGCCCUCACAAAAUGUGGAAGAUCUGAGGAAGCAAGAACAAAAUACCAACAGGCCAUCCAGUACUAUGAUAAUGGUAUCCGACUAGGUAUUCAGAUGAAUCUCCACAAACAGGACGGCCACGCACAGAUUCUUCAUAAUCGAGGAGACGCACAUGCUGCCCUUGGCAACUUUGAGAAGGCAGAGAAGGACGUGGAAGAGGCGAUGAUGUUGAGGCGGAAAAUAAUGAGUCCUCCUCACAUACAGCUGACAUUGGUCACCUUCAAGAUGGCCAGAGUCCAGUAUCGUAAAGGCGUCUGGUUAUUCCAUCAGAACAAUUUGGUGCCAGCAGUCAACAUGAUGUAUAAGGCUAAGACACGGUGUGAUGAGGUCGUGGACUUCAUUACUUGGGGAGGACUACCAGUCACACACAUAGUAUACCCUGAGGUCAAGGAACUGGUGUUUAAAGUUCUCGUCACUCUACAGGAGUGGAAACACCUCCAGAAACUUCUCAACAAAAUUCAGAAAUUUGAAUAUGGAGUUUACCAGAAAGAUAUUGACAAAAGACGUAGCAUAAAAAAGACAACAAAGCCUCGUUUGACACAGAAUGAAUUGUAUGCCUUGAUCAACUCCCCGGGAACAACCAUCAGGCAAGAUGCUGGCGGGUCAGAUGAUUCUGACGUAGAUAUUCCAGAACAAUCCUCCUCCUCCUCUGAUGACAGCGACGAAGACAAUCCAAUCAAAAAGCAGAAGCAGUACAUGGCAGUCAAGGAUAGAAUCCCAUCUGAUUUGUUUGAUGAAAGGCAAGCUGCAGUCAAUUUCACGAGUAUAUUUGAUGGGUCCUAUUUUAAAAACAAAAAGGAAAAGAAAGAAGAGGAAAUGCCUAUUUCAGAGAUAUCUGUGAAAGUUCCUGAUGUGGACCUACAUGUAUCCACUAUGAUGGAAAUAGAUGAUGAAGACGACAGUGAAGAUGUUGCUGAUUCAGCUUCAGACCAAACUGUAGGCUUUGAAGAUUUAGUUCCUGAAAGGCAGCAGUCUGAGCUGGACCCUGAACAGAAUGUAGAGAGAAAGGUACGCAACCCUCCAAUCAGAAGACAGUCCAGUUCGUUAGAUAUGGAUGUAUUUGGUAGACCAGAACUAGUACAACAGCAAAGUGUUGACAUGUCAGAAGAUAUGAAGAGUCUGCAGGACAAUUUGCUGGACCGUGGAGCACCAGAGAGACGCCAGGCAUGGCAAGGAUCAAGUUUGGAGUCUGCCUCACUUGAAUACAGCAUGGAUAAGGAAGGGAUCAUCUCAGCCACAGAACAACUAGAAAAGGUCAACUUGAGUCUCAAAAAGAGAGACAAUCUGUUGAAAAUGGGUGCAGCAGAAACAAUUCAGGAAGAAGAUUCAGAUACGGAGGUAAAUGUUCCUGCAGACAUCACACAAACGCCAGAGGUGGAUAGAACAAGAGAACGAAGGAGAAGGAAGGCAAGGAUGACACGCCAGAGCAGUGUUUCGGACGACACUCCAAUGUCACAUGGCAAACGCCAAUACCAAGACGACUAAUAGCAUGCAGUUACAACAGUCUUGAAUGUUCAAAAUAUAGGGAUGCGAUGAUUUGAAGAAGAAUUUAUGUAUAAAUAAAUGCUUGACGUUCGUACCAGAAACUAUACUUUAACGUUGAAUGCGUUUCAAUCGUUGGUACAAGGGAACUGUAUCUGUCUCUAAAACGGUAAAAUUGGAAAUGAAACAAAUCUGAAGGAAAAGCAAACGUAAAAUUGAAGCUUAUUAAACGUGAUCAUUUGAAACGAAAUGACCGUACUUAAAAGCUGAUGUGUGUGUGUAAAGUUGUUGUUCUCAUACACACACGUGUUAAACAUUAUUAUUCGACAUGCUCAAUAUCUGGUUCUCCAGUACUAACCCUAGCCUUGUUGUGGAGAUCGACAAUUCUCUGGCCGUGUUCGCUCACAUUGACCAGUCUGUAAGUCGUUGUGGACCAGAAGACAACUGUAGCAUCCGAUGAUUGACCACAUAAUUAUAAACGAGGUAAUGAAGCAGGGUGACCCCCUGCUCUUCAGACUAAAUGAACACUUUGUGUGGCAGUAUUUUGAUGAAUAUGCAUGGCUGCACGAUCAAUGUCAUUGAAUCAAAGUAAUUCGCAUUAAUGACAAUCGGAAAGCGACAAUGACGCUGCUUUUGAAACCCAUGUUGACGUGUUUAGUGUUUAUGCUGUUUUUUAUUACAAAAGUAUUGCCCCGAUUUUAUGGCCCUUUAGUUUAAUAAUCGUUAACACAUUUCCUAGUAAAUUCAUAGCAAUUGCAUAGACAAACAAAAAGAAAUCAAAUUAUUCUUAACAGAAAUGGUGUCUUCAUAUUUAUAAAUCAAGGGUUUUACGCACCUCUGUUGUAGCAGUGGUUUAGACAAUUUUGAUUUCCAUUUUUUUCCCCACGGUAUUUAGCACUUUUCUGUGCGCUCACAAGGUUUACACCUUACUAUAUCAUGCGUUCUUGCUUAACAUGUACAAUUUCGACCUCGCGCUGCACUCAGCGUUUCACCUUUAAAAUAUUCGGUGUAUGGUUACGCUUCAAACCUAAAUCAAUGGCUUCUUCUAACUUAAUUCUAACAAUUUAUCUGCACUGUUGGUUUGUAUUGCGUCUGACGCAUUGAUUACACCGCGUCAAAUACGUUAAGAGAGCGUAAAAUACUUUCCAAUCUUGAUAUAGGAUUAUACUUUGUACGCUAUUAGCUAUUAGCAGAAAGAAAUACUGGUUUAUCUUAAAGGGACAAUUUGUGUAUCAUUUAUUAUAAGAUGUUUUAAUAGCGCGGGGUUGGAUAUGUAUUGGAAAACCCAGUACUUUUUGAAGCCAGUGUUUUAAGGCUUUUUCUAUUCAUUGUGCAAUAUAGAAUACGCUAAAAUGAUAACUGUAUUUUGAUAAUAGACCAGUUUGUGGGUUUUUUUAAAUGCCUAGAAUUUUAAUACUUGGACAGAGGAGAUUGAUGGCGACAGAAGGCGUAUGUUAUUUGAUAGAAUGUGAAUGUCUUUACCAGGGUUUUUAUACGUUGUUGCUAUAUAUUUUUAGCUCACCUGCCCGAAGGGCUAAAUUGUUCGAAUUAAUUUAGAACACUUCAAACAACUUCUGAAGAAGAACCAAAAAGCAUAGAAUGAUAUAAUAAUAUUAGGUUGGUAGUUUCAACAUAUGGAACAGACAAAGUUUGUGAGUGAAAUAUUAGUAGUACAGUAAAUGAGAAUAGUUUGCUAUGACUGCUUAAAUAUUCAGGUGGGCGAUACAGACCCUCUGGGCCUCUUGUUUGUGUAUGAGUAAAUAGCUUUUUAAUAAUCAAUUACGAAAAUAUAUUAUUUACCCUACGGCAAAAACAAAAGGAAUUAUGUCACCGCCAGCGGUACAAUGUGUUACCAUGGUUUAUGUUGGCAGUGUCGGAUGUAUUGGCCUGGUGCGACUGGGCCGCUUUGCAUUCUUUAUAAAAUUGGAUCCGUUUUAGUAUUUGCUUGUUAUGCCUGUAAAUGAUGCAUAUGCAAACAGCUUUUCAAAUUUAACAAAUGUUCAAAAUUAAAAAUACACAAAAAACAGCC